AUGUUAAUAUUUUGUAUUUUGCUCGCUUUAAGAAUAGUCUAAGCAUAGGAUUGCUCAUUCCUUCUCUCAUAAAUUUAACCAAGUACUUAAUUUUUGGGCUACGAGUGCAUAAUGAGUUCAUCUACAACGUUCGAUUCUAAUUACCUUUAAAAUAAAAAUGCAUAUAGAUUAAGGUCAUUUGAUUAAAAGAACAAUUUCGACAUUUUAUAUUCUAAUGUUAGAUAACCUACAUGUGCGAAUCUUAUUUAAUCGGAGUAACAAUAAUUUAAUGGCAUAAACUUAGAGAUUGAUAGAGAUAGCAAGGCUUAGUAUAUAUAAAAUAUAUAUAUAAGCUUUGAUUUAUAUAGCAACGAAAUACCUUAUUGGCUUUAUGUUAUUUCAAGUUGGAAAAGUGAUGUCUAACACUCUUAUCUUUAUUAAUCUUAAGAUUAUCCCUCAGUAUAAAAGGAUUAGUGUGAGUCAUUCAAAUUGAGUUUAUUUGAAAAUAUCGAUUUGACUUACUUACCAGUGAAAUUUAGUUCAACUUCGAUUAGUUUUAAUGUCGUAAAUUCAAGAAGUACCUAUCUUUUAACUUAAAUAUCAAAUUUAUAGGUUCUCUUUUACUAUGAAUGUCCAAUUGGCUGCAAGGGUUCUUGUCCUUAAAGGAAUUGCAAAGAUUGCUAAAGCGGCUACAAUCUUAACAAUGGAAAAUGUGUAUUAUAGUGCACUUAAAGCUAAUACAUUUAAUAAGAUUAAUCUUCAAAGUAAUCAUGCUUACCCUGCUUUUCUAAUUGCAAUUAAUGUGCUGAUGGGAAUACUUGUAUAACUUGUGCUAAUGGUUUUACCUACGCUUUCGUUAAUGGCUAAAAUAUGUGUUAUCCAUCGUGCAGCUAAUCUAACCAGUAUAUUGAUACAAAAGGUUAGUGCUAAAAUUGUAUGUAAUAUUGCAGCAAAUGCUCCUAAGCAAAUAAAUGUGAUACUUGUUUAUCAGGAUUCACUUUGA